UGACUAUUAUGAGUGAACUGAUAAUACUUUGUAAAGAUGUUGUUUUGAGUCGUCCACAGGUUUGCUUUCGGAAUAAUGUUAGUUGUAGGUAGCAGUUUAAUAAACGUAGAGCAAAAUGGAAUCACUGAUAAAACUGAAUGGCCAGCUGUCAGGUCGAGAUAAACUAGCAAGAUUAGUACAAUACAGCUGCCGAACACUCUGGGAUUGUCUGCAAGGCGAUAGUAAUAUUGAGCUUAUCGACAAGAUAAAAACGUUGGAAUACAUUCUAAGCUCCUUUCGGAAACUACUUCGGUUCGGAAAAUGUGUGGACGUAUUGUACGCUUCCCUGAAGACUAUACACAAUCCAGAUGUUACUCUACGGCUCACGCUCACACUAAGCAAAAUAUCCCAAGCAAUUUUCUUAUUCGCUGACCACAUAAUCUGGUUGUCACGCACCGGACUGGUGAAAAAGUUGAACACCCAGAAAUGGAGCGAAGUCUACAACAAAUAUUGGUUCUUCUCCAUCGUCAUGAAUUUGUGUCGCGAUUUCUACGAAAUAUGUCGCAUAUUCGACACCUGCCGAGAUGUUCGACAACUGUUGCAGCUGUUCUUCUUUCCAAAGUCGUCCACCGAUUUGGUCAGAGUUUGGUCCAAGGCGACGGUGUGCGUUAAUACGCAUCAGGCGGUCAUUGUGGAUACCAUUAAAAACGUGUGCGACGUAUUCAUUCCGUUGUCAGCAUUGGGAUACUCGAAGCUGAGUCCGAAGUAUCAGGGCGCACUGGGCAUUAUUUCGUCGAUGGCCGGAUUGUUUGAGGUGUUGUAUCCAGCGGCUAAACUAUUGCCGGCAUAAAGUUCGUGAUUUUACUGCAUUUCGGGAAACUGGGGUCACGACUGGGUCGUGUGGUCUCAAGGUAGAGGAACAUUUUGCUUUGCUUUUUCAGAGUGUAUAGUUAAGCGACAGUGAUAUAAUCUAGAGGAACUUGGGCAUCAAAUAAACGAAUGAGAAAUUGGAAA